AUGACAAUUGCUAUGCCCAAUCUCCCUUUCUUGGAUGGUAGAGGCGUCGAUCCGGCUACUAGUGGACAGUGUAACUCAUGUUUGGAGAACUUGCUAGCUGUUGCUGGAAGUGUAUACCAGGAAGAGGAGGAGUUUGCCAUUGUUGUUAAUUAG